AUGAACCUUCCAGCAACGGCUAUCGAGUUUCUCGGCAAAGAAGCGCUUAUUACCAAUCCGGAUGACCAAUUACCAAUGAUACAUUGUCAGUGUUUCUCUAAAAGUGAAGAACCAGAAAAGGAUCUUGUAAAGCGAGUGGUUACUGCACUGGGUUAUCCUCUUCAGCCAGGAUAUAAGAUUCAUUUUGCAAAGAGGAAAAUAGACGGCUCAAAUGUUGCUGUUCAAAAUGAUGAAUAUGACGAUAAUAAAGUCAAAGGAAUCGCAAAGAAAGUCAAAGUGGACAUUGAAUAA